UCACGCCUCAAACAAAUCCAUCUCAAAUCGAAUUGGAAUGGAAUAAAAAUGAAAUUCUAUAUUGAAGAAUUAUGUACAAAGUGAUAAUGAAUUGCUCAACCUUGUGAUUAUCAGUUCCGCUUAGUUCCUGUGUGGGAUUAACGACGGAUUAAUACUACGAAGCAGGAGGAAUCGCGGAAGAUGUGUUCCGAACCGUUACCAAAAGAGUUCGAAAAGACCUCCGAUGUAUUACCAUUUACAAAAUAUGGAGUAUCUACGCUGGAAGAGUUCAAAAAGGCUGAAGAAACAGUGCAUCAUUUAGAAUGGCUUAAGAAAGUGGGUUUAACGAAUGAGGAAAUAAAACUGUAUCAAGACGAUGUAGCAGGGCUUCUAGAUCAGCGGCAGAAGAUGGAAUCCGGUGUUUUGAAUAGCCAAUUAGAGGCGAUAAAUAAGAAAAUAAAUGAUUAUCAGAAUAAAGCAGGAAGUUCAGAUCAAUGUGAUAACCAACCAAGCACCUCGAAACAACAGGGAACAGAUAUUUUACAAAGAAUACAUAAGAAACCAGUAAAAUUCUACCCGGAAGGCCAUCCUAUGCAUGAAUUAAAAGAUAUAGAAGAUAAUCUAUUUGGCCACUUGAAAGAUGACAACAUAAUCCCUAUCACUAAGCGACGGAAAAUCUUACGGCGUCUAGAACGUAAGAAAGAAAGAGUCCUUUCGCAAAGUAUAGAAGUUGGUACUGUACCUAAUGUGUCCAAGCCUCCAAAGCCGGGCAGUCUGUGGGAUGUUAAAGAAGUCCCAAACCGACUCAAACCGGAGACUUCAAAUAGCAAUCAGAUAAUUGGACCUAAGAAACAGACUAUGUAUACUAUUAAAGACAACAAGAUUAUGCGGCUAGAGCCUGUGCGGCAAGAGGAACGGCCUGAUGAGUAUCAGGCAGUAGAUAUUGUGGUGCCGGUCAAUGCUGCAGAGGAACAUUUGUUGGAGGGAACUAAAAUGUGUGUUGAUGAUAUUAAGAAGAUUGAGAGGUUUAAAGAUUACGAGCCAGGGAUACCUUCUAAGGUACUCUACCUGAAGAAUAUCGCCCCGGCAGUGACGCAAGAGCAGCUGUCUCUCCUGUUCAACCAGUUUGUGCUGGACAACGGCGGGCCCGUGGACAUUCGGCUGAUGACCGGACGGAUGAGGGGACAGGCGUUUGUGGCGUUUCAAAAUGAGGACGUGGCGAUACAGGCGAUGCAGGAGGUGAACGGCACCAUCCUGAGCGGGCGGCCCGUCAUCGCGCAGUUCGGCCGCAACAGCAACCGGAUAGACGACAGAUAAACCACUUUUACAACCACACUCUUUUAUCGACCGGGCGUUGGUGUCAAAUUAGCUAGGUGUGCACUUUCGUGUUAUGUACUUACAUUUUGUUAGAAUCGUAUAGAAGCUAAUUUCUCCACCGACAAGGUAGCGACAAAGUGUGGAAAAGCUAACACUUUCACACUCUUGUCACUUGCUACAUCGGUGGAUUUGAAUUAACUCUUGACAACAUCUUAGUAAUAAUAUAAAAAUAAUAAUUGGCAGGAACAUUACAUAUUAUUUUUAUGGAUAUAAAAUAUAAUUAACAUAUGGAGUUGGAGGGUUCUAAUAAGUCCAGUCAGUAAAAAUCCACAAGUAUGUUGAAAAUUGGCCAAAAGAUAAAAAAGACUUCUUUCUCCGUGCCUCUUCCCAUUUCAUUAGGGGUCGCCCACUGAAUAUGCUUCCGCCAUUUGGCUCUGUCAUUGUGGGUUGCUGGUAUUUUUAGCGACUGUUUCUCCAGGUUUCUCCACCAGGUGGCUUUUGGGCGUCCUGAUGGUUGUUUGCCUAUGUUAAUUUCACGAGCAAUUUUUACCGGGUGAUCUUUUUCUCGACGCACGUCAAAUGAUAAAAAAAGUGUGAUUUUAAAAGUAGAUUGAUCUAUAAACAAUAGUAGCGUGUAGGUCUAAGUUUCACACACUUUACAAACCUUAAUUUAUACAUGUGAUUUCUUAUGCACGAUCAUGUAUGUACUACAAAAAUAACUAUUAAACCUUAACCACUCACAACUUUAGAAACCAUUUUAUACGCUACUAUUAUUUAUUUAUCACACAAAUCGUCUAUAGAUAAAUUACAAAAUGUCUAACUUACUUUAAAGUAUUGACGUUUGGACCAGGGAUUCACUGGGGGAAAUAAAUCCUGUGAAAUUCUGGUUUAAUUUUAUUUAUUACUUAAUCUAAAUCAAGAUAAAAUUAUCAUAUUUUGUAUAUAAGAAUUACAUUUCUAAGCACU